CCCUUCCAGAAACUUCUUUGGCUCUGACUCAUUGGGAUUAGCAUUAGCUAACUAACGCUAGUUAAUGCUAAUUAACGGUAAUUAACGGUAAGUUAAAUGUUAGCUAGCUAAAAAUUCAAACUGACAAAACUGGGUGGGAUAGCUGUUUUUGUUGUUGUUGGUCAGAUGAAGGUUAAACGGCUUCUAACGGUUAUUUCAAACCGCUCAAACCUAAAGAGUUAAGCAGGUAACUGAAGCUGACUAGUCGGCUGUUAGUUGACCAGUUGAGGUUAGUUAACUAGUUAGUCAAGGAGCUGCAGCAAAACUAAGGUAUGAACAAAUGAAACACUUGUAUUUAUUUCAGUUUCAACCUUUCUCUCUCUUGGACUUUUCCAUUUAGCUACUCUGCCCUUCCAGAAACUUCUUUGGCUCUGACUCAUUGGGAUUAGCAUUAGCUAACUAACGCUAGUUAAUGCUAAUUAACGGUAAUUAACGGAUUUCCAUGAAGCGACGCAUCGGGUGAUUAUACUUUUCUUUGGGGGGAUUUUGCUCUUUGUACACCGGGACAUCAUGUGGACGCCGACGGAGGAUGAGAAAAUAGGAGUGGAUGACCACACGCAUCAUGUCUUUCCCACCGUGUGAUCUGUCCCGUCCUCAACAUUUUAAAACCUUCUGGCAAGUGAUCUGCAACUUCCGGGGCUCAGUGACUCAAGGUUUGGCUCUGGAAGUGGGAGAGACGGUUCAGAUUCUAGAGAAAUGCGAAGGUUGGUACAGAGGAUUCUCUACAAGGAAGCCAAACGUCAAGGGGGUUUUCCCAGCCAGCUACAUUCACUUGAAGAAAGCUGUCGUCACCAACAGAGGACCACAUGAGACCGUGGUGCCUCUUGAAGACCCCAUCGUUACUGAGGUGACGUCCACGCUGCAGGAAUGGGCCUUACUAUGGAAGCAGCUCUAUGUGAAACACAAGGUGGAUCUGUUCUACAAGGUUCGUCACGUGAUGAUGGAGCUGAUCGACCUGAGAAGGCAGCUCCUGUCGGGUCACCUGACGCAGGACCAGAGCCGAGACGUCAAGAGACACAUCACCGUCAGACUGGACUGGGGCAACGAACACCUGGGUCUGGACUUGGUGCCAAGAAAGGAGUUUGAGAUGGUGGAUGAAGACCAGAUAAGCGUCUCAGAUCUUUAUAAGAUGCAUCUGUCCAGCAGACACAGUGUACAACAGAGCACCACACAGGGUGACAACACCCGGCAGCGACACGGGGAGCAGUGUAGAGUUCCAGUUCCUCACCACCUACUGGUCAACCUGAAGAGCUUCACCUACAACAGCAUAGGAGAAGACACAGACAUAUUCUUCUCUCUGUACGACCUGAGAGAGGGAAAGACUAUCAGUGAGAAGUUCAUGGUCAGACUGAACAAGAACGGAGGACCGAAGAAUCCAGAGAAGGUGGACAGGCUGUGUGCUCUCUUUACGGACCUGAGCAACAAAGACAUGAAGAGAGAUCUCUACAUCGUCUCACAGGUCAUCAGAACAGGUCGCAUGCUGUUGAAUGACAGUAAGAAGGGCCCUCCACACGUUCAGUACCGCAGACCGUACGGCUGCGCUGUCCUGGCCAUGAGUGACGUUCUGCAGACCAUCUCAGAGCUCAAAGAGGAGAAAGACUUUGUCCUGAAAGUCUACACCUGCAACAACGAGAAUGAAUGGUACCAGAUCCACGAGAACAUCAUCCGCAAGUCCAGCACCAAAUACACCGCUCCCAGCACCAACUACGGUCUGAUCAUCUCUCUGCAGCUGCUGAGGGGCGACAUGGAGCAGGUCCGCAGAGAGAACCCACUCAUUUUCAGCAGGGGGGUGGCCAUCACACGCAAACUGGGCUUCCCUGAUGUCAUCAUGCCAGGUGACAUCCGUAACGACCUGUACCUGACACUGGAGCGAGGAGAUUUUGAGAGAGGAGGGAAGAGCGUUCAGAAAAACAUAGAAGUCACAGUUUAUGUGCUCUACGCUGAUGGAGAGAUACUCAAGGACUGCAUCAGUCUGGGUUCAGGUGAGCCCAACGUGCCAGAGCACCGCUCCUUCGUGCUCUACCAUAACAACAGCCCUCGAUGGAGUGAAGUGAUCAAACUGCCGAUUCCCAUCGACCGUUUCAGAGGAUCCCACCUGCGCUUUGAGUUCAGACACUGCUCCACGAAGGACAAAGGAGAGAAGAAGCUGUUUGGCUUUUCCUUCACUCCUCUAAUGAGGGAGGAUGGAACUACUCUUUCUGAUGAAAGUCAUGAACUCUACGUUUACAAGUGUGAUGAGAACACAACCUUCAGUAACCACGCACUCUACCUGGGCCUGCCCUGUUGUAAAGAAGACUUCAACAGCUGUCCCAGCAUCCCCUCCAGCCUCAUCUUCCAGCGCAGCACCAAGGAGACAUUCUGGAUCUCCACACAGCUCUCUUCCACCAAGCUCACUCAGAACGUGGACCUUCUGGCUCUGCUUAAGUGGAAAGCCCAUCCUGACCGGGUCAUGGACAUCCUCGGCCGGCUACGACACGUCAGUGGAGAGGAGAUCGUGAAGUUUCUCCAAGACAUUCUGGACACCUUAUUCUCCAUCUUGGAUGACAACACCGACAAAUAUGGACCACUGGUGUUUCAGUCACUGGUGUUCAUCAUAAACCUACUCAGGGACAGUAAAUACUACCACUUCAGGCCGGUGAUGGACACGUAUAUCCAGAAGCACUUUGCUGGCGCUCUGGCCUACAAAGAGCUGAUCCGCUGUUUGAAGUGGUACAUGGACCGCUCUGCUGAGGUGGUCAGACAGGACCACAUACAGGAAGCAAUGAGGGCCCUGGAAUAUCUGUUUAAGUUUAUCGUCCAGUCUCGCAUCCUUUACUCUCGGGCCACUUGCGGUAUGGAGGAGGAGCAGUUUCGCACCAGCAUCCAGGAACUCUUUCAGUCGAUCCGCUUCGUCCUCAGCCUGGACAGCCGCAACUCAGAGACCCUCAUCUUCACACAGGCCGCUCUGUUAAACUCUUUCCCAGCGAUCUUUGAUGAGCUGCUGCAGAUGUUUACAGUCCAAGAAGUGGCAGAGUUUGUGCGCGGCACUCUGGGCAGCAUGCCGUCCACGGUGCAUAUCGGACAGUCCAUGGAUGUGGUCAAGCUGCAGUCCAUAGCCCGAACCGUGGACAGCAGGCUCUUCUCUUUCCCCGAGUCUCGAAGGAUCCUUCUUCCUGUGGUCCUGCAUCACAUCCAUCUCCAUCUGAGGCAGCAGAAAGAGCUGCUUAUCUGCUCUGGAAUACUCAGCUCUAUAUUCUCUAUUAUCAAGACCAGCUCACUGGAUACAUCAGUGCAGGAGGAGGUGGAGAUGAUGGUGGAGUCCCUAUUGGACGUCCUGCUGCAGACUCUGCUGUCAAUCAUGAGCAAGAGCCAAUCGCAGGAGGCGGUAAGGGGUCAACGCUGUCCGCAGUGCACCGCGGAGAUCACUGGAGAGUAUGUGUCCUGCCUCCUGUCCCUCCUUCGCCAGAUGACAGAUAUCCACUUCCAACGCCUGAUGGAAAACUUUCAGAGCAAGGAGGAGCUCAAGGAGUUCUUGUUGAAGAUUCUGUGUGUGUUUAGGAAUCUGAUGAAGCUCAGUAUUUUCCCCCGCGACUGGAACGUCAUGAGGCUCCUCACCAGCAACAUCAUCCUGACCACAGCUCAGUACCUGUCUCCCGCUCUGCACAAGAACUUUAUAGAAGCCGACUUUGACUUUAAGGUCUGGAACUCCUACUUCAGUCUGGCGGUGUUGUACAUCAACCAGCCCAGCUUACAGCUAGAAAACCUGAGUCCUGUGAAGAGGAAGAAGGUCUUGGACAAGUAUGGUGACAUGAGAGUGAUGAUGACCUAUGAACUCUUCAGCAUGUGGCAGAACCUGGGUGAGAAUAAGAUCCAUUUCAUCCCCGGUAUGAUCGGUCCGUUCCUGGGAGUGACGCUGGUCCCUCAGGUGGAGGUACGAAACAUCAUGAUCCCAAUCUUCCACGACAUGAUGGACUGGGAGCAACGCAAGAACGGAAACUUCAAACAGGUGGAGGCUGAGCUGAUUGACAAGCUGGACAGUUUGGUUUCUGAAGGGAAAGGUGACGAGAACUACAGAGAACUCUUCGGUUUGCUAACCCAGCUGUUUGGGCCCUACCCCAGUUUGUUGGAGAAGAUCGAGCAGGAGACGUGGAGAGAGACGGGGAUCUCCUUCGUUACCUCGGUUACACGGCUGAUGGAACGACUGCUGGACUACCGGGACUGUAUGAAGGGAGAUGAGACAGAGAACAAGAAGAUUGGCUGCACUGUUAACCUCCUGAACUUUUACAAGUCCGAGAUCAACAAGGAGGAGAUGUACAUCCGCUACAUCCAUAAGCUGUGUGAUAUGCAUCUACAGGCGGAGAACUACACUGAGGCUGCGUUCACUCUGCUGUUAUACUGGGAGCUGCUGCACUGGGACGAGCGGCCUCUAAAAGAGUUCCUGCAUUAUCCCGCUCAGACAGAGUGGCAUCGCAAGGAGGGGCUCUGCCGCAAGGUUAUCCACUACUUCAACAAAGGCAAGUGUUGGGAGUAUGGUAUUCCUCUGUGCAGGGAGUUGGCCUUUCAGUAUGAAUCUCUCUAUGACUAUCAGAGUCUCAGCUGGAUACGGAAAAUGGAGGCAGCAUAUUAUGACAACAUCAUGGAGCAGCAGCGUCUGGAGCCGGAGUUCUUCAGGGUCGGCUUCUACGGCAGGAAGUUCCCCUUCUUCCUCAGAAAUAAAGAGUUUGUCUGUCGCGGCCAUGACUAUGAAAGGCUCGAGGCCUUCCAGCAAAGGAUGCUGGGAGAAUUCCCACAGGCCAUUGCAAUGCAGCAUCCCAAUCAGCCGGAUGAGGCCAUUCUGCAGUGUGACGCACAGUACCUCCAGAUUUACGCAGUAACACCGGUACCAGACAGCGUCACCGUCCUUCAGAUGGACCGAGUCCCCGACCGCAUCAAGAGCUUCUACCGCGUCAACAACGUUCGCCGUUUCCGUUACGACCGGCCCUUCCACAAAGGACCCAAAGACCGAGAUAAUGAGUUCAAGAGUCUUUGGAUAGAGAGGACGACUCUGAUCCUCACUCACCCUCUGCCUGGUAUUUCACGCUGGUUUGAAGUGGAGAAGAGAGAGCUGGUCGAGGUGAGUCCGUUAGAAAACGCCAUCGCUGUGGUGGAGAAUAAGAACCAAGAGCUGCGGACUCUGAUCAGCCAAUACCAACACAAGCAACUGCACGGCAACAUCAACCUGCUCAGCAUGACCCUGAACGGAGUCAUCGACGCCGCCGUUAACGGAGGCAUCGCCAGAUACCAAGAGGCUUUCUUUGACAAAGACUACAUCACCAGCCACCCUGAAGACACAGAGAAGAUCACACAGCUCAAAGAUCUCAUGCAGGAGCAGGUUCACAUUCUAGGAGUCGGCCUGGCGGUGCACGAGAAGCUGGUGCACCCAGAAAUGCGUCCCCUGCACAAGAAGCUGAUAGAUCAGUUCCAGAUGAUGCGGAGCAGCCUCUGCCACUGUUUCUACGUGGCGUUGCAGGGUCUGCCUGGUUUAGACAAAGCUGGUUCAGGAGCCAACACUCCCAGAGGGAUCCUGGCUUCUCACAGCCCCAUGAGCCCCGAGGGCUUCAAACUCAUGCACCGGCACAGUCCCAUAGCCGUUUUGACUCCAGUGCGCAACUCCUCCUCCUCUCUCUCCUCUCACAACUCCAGUGAGACGGGGAAUGUUGGCAGUCUGCUCAUCCUGGCCGAUGGCAUGGUGGUGGAACACCCAGAGGACUUCUACCGCAUGCAGGCAAGCCCCUCCUCCUCCAGUCUUAGCUCCACCCACUCAGCACCCUCUCAGAUGAUAAACUCCGCCCCCUCCACCAUUAGAGUUGGCUCUCCUUCUCUGCCAGACAAAUACAGACACAACAGAGAGAUGCUGAUGCUGCUGCCACCACACAGAGACAGACCGAGCAGUGCAAUGUACACCAACAUCACAGAGAAUGGGCAGCCAACAAACUUCCAGCGAGCGUUGUUCCAUCAGGUGAUUGGUCCAUGUAAACCCUGCAGUGACCCCAACCUCUCUGUAGCUGAGAAAGUCCUCACCACCCCCAGUAGUUGGAGUUUGGACAGUGGUACCAGAGAAGCCCUCCCCUUCCUCUCUGCCCACGUUGGCAGUGUCAUGGCGCCUCCUGUGCCCCCACGCAACCAGCCUCAUGGGCAACACCUGUCGAUGCACUUUGACGCUUUCCACCACCAGGUCAGCGACCUCCCUCCAGCCCUCCCUGCGCGCUCCUUAAGAAAGUCUCCCCUGCACCCUAUACCUGCCUCGCCCACCAGUCCACAGUCCAUCCUGGAUGGCAGUAACUCCACCUUGUCAGGCAGCGCCAGCUCUGGAGUCUCCUCCCUCAGUGAGAGCAACUUUGGUGGCCCCGCCUCCUCCUCUGACCCCCCAGCCAGCCGCACAGACACCCUAGAGUCCGUCCCCAGCAGCCAGGCCUGGACCACUGACCAGGAAGACCUCGACUCGCCUUACCAGCCUGUCAGGUACAGCGUCUCUGAGCCUGAAGUCCUGGACGGAGUCAAACCCCCACCCUGCCGCAGCCACUCCGCUCCAGGAGGCGUCACCCCGGCCCAGGCCGGGGGCCAAAUCCAGCCCCAGGCUCCGGGUUUGGCCUCCACCGGAGCUCCAGCACAACCACAGCAGCAGGAUGGCCUGCCGCACCCCCAACACAUCUACUAUCACCACCACUUCCACCCACACUACAUCCCACACCACCCGCCUCUUUACCAUCUCCAUGAGCCUCCUCCAGCCCUGCCCCCCAAACCUUACCUCAGAGAGGGGUGUAUCCCUGAAGAGGACCUGAACACCCAGUCUGCACCACCACAGCCGUCUGCACCCCGGCCCAUGCCACGCAAGAUCUCCCAGCCCAUAAUCGCAGCAACUAAGGAGGAGCAAGCUAAGGUGGCGUGGGGACACGGCGUCAGUGAGGAGUGAAGUGUCGGCUGAUAACUUGGAGGAUUUAAAUAAACAGAAUAUAAACUCUUUCCAGAAGAGAGCGAGAGGAGAAAGAAGUGAGAAGUGAUGUUGAGAGAAACCCCCCAGGUGUCCUGGUCCAGUGACCAAACUAAACUAAUCACUGAAGGUAAAAAUCUGAAGGUCCUAAGUGAGCAGGAGAGAUGAAGGUUAAAGUAUUCUGCUCUCUCACAUCCCAUCUUCAGCAAGCCAACUCUGUGUCCUCACACCUGGAAAUGUUUUCCUUUAACCAAACAACCGUUCUGAUGUCAUUACAUCCUGAUACGAGCACAUCAAGCUUCAUUUGCUUUGUUACAUUAAGAAAUAUGUUUUAAUCAAGUAAUUUAAUUCUGACACACGUGUGCUUUAUUGAUUUUAUUGUCACUUAUAACAUUAAUCAGAUAUUAUGAUUCAGAAAGGUUAAAGAUCUUUAAUUAAAAAGGUAAAUAGAGGUUAUAUCCUGUUGAUACCUUGUUCUGAAGAUGUUAAAACAAGCAGCACUUUAAUGAAGCAACAAAGCACCAAAACAUAUAAGAAUUAUAAUCUUCACAUAUUUGUUUAGAAAUGCAGAAACGUUGAGGCUCGGGAUUAUUUAGAUGCUGCGUACAAAUAAAGUGAUGAUCAAACUGAAACAAAAAGAGGAAAAAGUGAAGAAGAAUAAUAAUGAAGACGUCAGUAUCACUCACACGCACAAGUUAGUUCUUCCACCUGAGCAACAACCAGCCAAAUAACAUAUAGAAGCUGUAAAUGCUUCUGCUUCAUUCCUCACAUCUUCACUUUAUUCACGGGAUAAACAGAAAGUGUUUUUUAUGCAAACAGAUCGACAGUGUGACGACUGAAAGAAGCCAUUUCAAUCUCACUUUCCCCCGAAGUAUUAACAAUAAACAACGGACAUGACGGAGCCGAAAAGUAUUUAUAUUUUCCAACAAAAGAAUCAAAGUAUGUAGAUAAAUGUAAUACAGUAUAUAGAAAUAUAUAAAUAUAAUUUAUAUUUAAUCCUUAUACUUUUGAUCGAAGGUGAAACCAGUGUAGAAAUAUGCAAGAUAAAUGGCCUCUGGAGCCAUCAGUAGCUGCUUGAUGAAACAUGAUGUGCACUUGUUUAAAGGGACGACGUGAAGACGCCUUACACACAAACACUGGCAGGUUUUGAUGUCGUAGCUUCCUGAAAAUGUUGUAUUCCAACAUUUCAGGGGUCAAGAAAUAAUUGAAUUGAAGGUUGUGAAGUUGAAGAGGAUUUGUUAACCUGUGAGGGUUUUAUUUUAGCUGAUGAUGCGUUCAAGGGAAGAAAGACAAACCUGUAAAUGUGUGCGAGGCAUCAGAUGGAUUUAUAGAGAAUAAUUAACUAUAAUAAAUAUACACUUUUUGCCAUUUUUUUAUGAAAGUAAUGAACUGUAAUGACUGUAUUUUUUUUAAUCAGGGUACUGUUUUGUAUGCAUGUUCAUUUAUUGAAAGGUACGGCUUAAAUAGAGACUGUGAGAGAUCCACAAAGAUAAAUUACUGGAACACUGGAGGAGUUCUGUGCACUGAUGUCUGUUUAUAGUUUUAAGAAGCAGAACCACUUAAAUCACCAAGAACAUUAAAUCUACAAGAUUUCAUCUGGGUGAUACUGGUGUAAAAGUACUGUGAAGGACUAUACUCUUGUGUUUUUUUGUUUUAAAAAAUGUCAAACUUUUUAUUUUUAGCCACCAGCUUAGAGUGUGUUGAUGCUGUCGCCCUGAGCCACCAACCCCUCCUCUCUGUUUUUUGGUUGAGAUGAAGAAAACAUAAGUGAGAACAGCUGUUAGCUCACCAGAUUUAGCUGGUUAACCACCACACCUUGCUUCUGUCACAAUGCUCAGUGUAUUCUGCCUGAUUCUGGAUCAUAUUCUCACUAUAACAAGAGAAGACGCUGUACAUUAUGAGCUGUAACUUUGUAUGAAAAGCAUUUGAGUCCAGUCAGAUUUAUGUGUGUAGAUCUUAAUCACAAAGUCUCAAACAUACAAGAAACUCAAAAUCAUACAUUUGUUUCUAACUAGAUGUUGUUUUUAUCUGCUUUGUUUUUGCUCAGUGCCACAAACACACCGUCCUGCUGCUGUAAAUACUCACUAGAGCACCAAAUGUGUAUUAAUCCGCCGCUGAAAAUAGUCCUCAACACACUACUUAAUCCUGUUUGAGCAACAUUUGCUAGAAACUGUUUUAGGAAAUUAUGAAGCCUUUUUGAAAAAUUAAACUACAUAUUUGUGACUAAUUUUUAAAGAUCUACAGCUGGAACAAAUGUGCUUGGAGCUGAGAGCCAAAGAGAGAGUAGAGAAGUCAGAAAGUAUCAAGAGACAAACACACACCAACAACACAUCGUCGGUUUUGGUUUUUGGAAUAACACUCGUCUCAUCCUUUAAAUGUGUUGGUGAAUAUGAACAUGAAUAUUUUAUUUCCUGCUUCAGAUGCUGGCUGUGUGGAUUGACAGGUCAUUAGAUUAAUGAGCUGUGCAGGAGAGACGUUUGUUCACAGCAGAUAUUUUAAUGUGUCAUACUGUAGCAGGAAAAGCACAGGUGUGAUUAACGACAUUAACGACGGCUGCAUUCCAUUCAGGUGUGUCAGUUUCUGGGUCCUAAUGCAUGUUGACUCAAUGGGAUGUUAUUAGUUCCAGCUGGGACAAGUCCACAUGUGCUGUGGAAAAGGUGUAUUAAACAACACAAGUUGUGAAGGAAACAUCAACCAGAACUGGACACAAACCAGCUUCAGUUCAGUGAAGGUUUAGUGAGUAGAGUGGGAGGGUUUAGGACGCUGCCUUGUGGCUGUCGUUGGAUUUCUAGUGUUUCCAAAUUAACUUUCAAUUGACAAUAAAACAUUUGUUUUCAGUAUUUUACUGUUGCAGCAGCAGCUUCGUUCAGACAUGUAAAGUGUUGAACUGAUUUGGUGCAGGAGAUGUUUGGUCAGUGUUUGGUUGAAGUUGGUGAAAUUUCAAACAUACAGUUUAAUGGCUGUAGGUUUCCCAGUGUUCACUUUAACUUUAUGUUGCCAUAGCAACCUCAGCCACAUGGGUUUGUUGGUGUGUGAGGCUUCGACAACAUUAGUUCUGUGGCCGUUCUUCAUACAGUGUUCUGGGAGAUGAAAUUCUGAGUUAAAGUAGUAAAUCCUGUUUACUUCUUUAUGUGCUUGAAAUGACUUUUUCACAAAGCAAAUUCAUUUGUAUCUCUGACGUGCAUACUGUGAUUUAAAUAUUUUUUUCUUUAACUCAUAUAUGAAAGGAAUCUGAAUCUUGUAUUUAAACUGAGUUUCUGGCAGGUUUGAUUCAGAAUAUUUACUGAUGGACGAGUUUGUUGUACUUAUGUUGCUGAAUCAGGACAGUUCAUCAGACGGUUCAUCUUCACCUUGUUUCCUUCUUUCUUUACCCAUUUUUAAUGCCUGUGAAUCCAGAACUGUAUAUCUACUGUAUCUGUCUCCAUAAACCUACAGUCCUAAUACAGUGAUGAUCACUGAUGACUCGGUCAGACCUGAUCCUGCCCAUCAAAACAUUAAGAGCACCAACUGUUUGACAUUCAUCCACUUAUUAUCUAUUAUUUAUCUAUCUAUAUAUUUGACAGCAGCACAACACAGAACAUAAAACAGAUUUCAAAAUAUAUAA